AUGUUUGUUAUCGGUAAUGAUGCUAAUUGUGUGAAAGACUUUUUGCCGAUUAUAAAGGAGGAAAAGCUGGCACAGAAUGACGCCUCAAAGUUUCUCCCUAAUGAUUUGCGACGUCUUUUAUUUAGUGGAAAGGUAUUCUUUGUUCUAAAUAAAGACAAGUACAAUAUUUUGUCGGAAAUAAUCCGUUUGGGAAACGGGAGUUCGUGUUUACUUGAUUCUCCUGAUGCUCUACUUACCUCCAAUUCAAACAAUAAAGUGCAUGUAACUGGACAUAUUGCUGUAGAUGAUCUCCUUCGUGAUAUUUUAUCGAAACCAGAGUCGUGCGUGGUUCAUUUUCAUCCCACAUCUGUAACCGAAUCAUGGCAGCGAAAAGUAUAUUCUGUAUUGCGUAGUCUACGCCGCAGACCCAUUCUAGAGUCAGAACUGGGUUUCGCUGUUGUAUAUUGCUCGACAAAGUUAUAUUGCAAUCCAGAUAAACGCUGCCCUGAUGGAUUAUACCAAGAAAUUGAUAUAUCUGGUACAUUCUCGGUGAAUCCAUUUCAAAUAGAGUCGGAAGUUGUCUCAUCAGAGUUUAGUCAAUUAUCUACUACAGUGGUUGGCGCGAAAAUUCCUGACUUUACUCAUAAGAAUUUUUCAUCUAAAGUGAAGAAUACUGAAUCAGACUCUGGACUCAAAUUGAGAUCAUAUCAAACUGCAAGGUUGUGUGAACGUAAAUUUGGGUCUACUAUAUCUAAAAUUGUUCCUGUGAAAACUGUUAGUGUUAUUAUUUUAUAUGUUCAUCUGAUUUGGUGUCUAAUUAAUAUCUCACUGUAA